AUGAAACCAGCGAACGCCAACGACGACAGCGAUGCAGCAACAGCGACCCAGCGACACAGCGACCAGCGACCCAGCGACCGAAUGUCAACAACGUCGGAACGACAGCGACAGCGACGGAACUUAAAAGCAUUGGUGAAAAGCCGUUCCAGACUCAAGGGCAACAUCACACGUUGUCUCUCAUGGGCUGAGCAAGCGGAAUCUGCAACACAGGCGGAGAUCUCCACGCGCAUACAACUUCUCCACGAAGCUUGGAAGGAGUUCAACCAGUUCGGCGAUUGCAUUGCUCUCCACGAGGAGGUAGAAGGUUAUGUCGAUCCGGAGAUGGAUAACGCAAUUUACGAAGAAAAGUACCUAAGGGCGAACGCAAUUCUCAAGGACAGAAGUGAUGCUCUACAACCGAGUACAUCUACAGGCAUUGUGAAUGGCAGCAACGGUCUGCAUUUCAACGGCGACGCAAUUGUAAAUUUGCUACAACAAAACCAACAACUAUUUGAGCGACUGGCUGCAAAUCAAGGUCAUUCGAGCACGCCGGUUCAUGUUGGUGGUGACGUCUCUUUGGCGAAUUCAAGUUCGGUAAAUGCGGCGAAUUCCAAUCUCAGUGAAUUGCCGAAAAUUCAAAUCAAACGAUUCUCUGGCAACUACACAGAGUGGCCCUCUUUUCAAGACAUUUAUGAAAGCACAAUUCAUAACAAGCAACAUUUGUCCAACACACAGAAGUUCCAUCACUUGAAAACACUUAUUGUUGAUGAGGCUGCCAACUUGGUACGGCAUUUGGCCAUUACGGAUACAGCUUACAACACCGCUUGGGAACGUCUGAAGGAAAGGUACAAUCGUCCACGGCACAUUGUAAACUCAUUUUUGGAGCAGUUUAUGAACCUGCCAACAACUACAAAGGUAGAUGCAUCAAUUCUACGGAAGGUGUCAGACGGAGCAAACGAAAUUAUUCGCGGAUUGGAUGCAGUCAACCAGAUGGGACGCGAUUGCUGGAUCAUCUAUCUGGCCCUGGAGAAACUUGACGCCGACACGCGGCGUAGGUGGAUUGAGCGCAGCAUGGACACAGAUUCCCCCACUCUCGAGGAAUUCUUCAAAUUUCUGGAUUCUCGUUGCGAGGAACUGGAACUGAGUAAAAGGGAGCUUGCGACUGGUAGCAAGACAACAACACAUGCAGAAAAACCAAAAAGGGUCACACAAUCGAUGGUUGCGAUCGAAGGCAGUGGCUGCAUCAAAUGUAAUUCAAAAGAACACACUCUGUAUAACUGUCAGCUGUUCUUGGAUAUGUCUGGGAUGCAGAGGCGAUCCUUCGUAAAGGAGAAAUCACUGUGCUACAACUGCUUGCGACCUGGUCAUGGAGUCAGCAAGUGCAAGUCGACAUACAAAUGUAGGCAAUGCAAGGGAAAUCAUCACUCCCUUCUACAUGUCCAAGCGAAUCCACAGGCUAUUGGGAAUCUUGCCCAGAUAGUAGGCGAGGACGAGCGAAACAUAGGCUCGGAGCUUUCCUACGUAUCCGAGCGUUGCAUUCAAGCUCUCGGAUUGACACGUUCGGCAUCACGCAUCUUGGUCACGGGAAUCUCUUCGGUGAAAGCAGACACGACAAGGGGAUGCAGCACCUUGCAUAUCAAGUCCCGUAUCUCCGAGGAUCAUUUGGUUGUCUACGCCCACGUUCUAGGCAGAAUUACUUCUUCGCUGGAACGCCAAAACAUCGAUGCAUCGGCACUCGAGGCAUUCAAGGAUCUGCAGUUGGCGGAUACAGAAUUCAACACAAACUCACCUGUUGACAUUCUAUUGGGAAGCGAACACGUAUGGUCGGUGUUUACAGGACGAAAGAUGUACGACAACAAGGGUAAUCUUAUCGCCAUUUCUUCGGUGUUCGGAUGGGUAAUAACCUCACUCAUCACAUCAAAUCCAAGCAACGCUAUUGCACUGACUACAACAGUAGACAUAGGCGCCACGCUUCAGAAGUUUUGGCAAUUGGAAAGCGUUCAAGGCAGCGCAAAAUUGGAUCCGGAGGAUGAUCAGGUCGAGAAGCACUUUCUCGCCACUCACAGUCGCGAUGAAAACGGGAAGUAUAUCGUGGAUCUUCCAUUCAACACUGAAAGCCCCGAUUUCGGAGAAACUCUACAAGGAGCGCUCAAACGCUUUAAAUCGGUUGAGCGGCGGCUGCAACAGAACGAGCAGCUGCGUACACAGUACGUAUACUUUAUGCGGGAAUACACAAAUCUGGGGCACAUGCGAGAGGUGCCACCUGAAGAAAACGCUACUGGAAAUCAGUUUUAUCUACCACACCACCCAGUUCUGGGUCGGAAGCUACGAGUAGUUUUCGAUGGAUCUUUUCGUGACGCCAAUGGUAAGGCUUUAAAUGACACCCUGUUUACAGGUCCCAGUAUCCAGCGCGAUCUAUUCGCUGUGUGCCUUCGUUUUCGAAUGUACAAAUUUGCAUUCUCAGCGGAUAUCGUAAAAAUGUUCCGCCAGAUAUGGGUCAACGAAAAGCACAGAAACUUCCAGAAAAUCGUUUGGAGAGAAGAUCCAUCCGAUUCCAUCAAGCACUUCCAAUUGUGCACUGUAACCUACGGAACUUCAUGCGCACCAUUCCUGGCCGUGCGAGUGCUGGAACAACUUGCUGUAGAUCAUCAAGAGGAAUACCCAAAUGCGUCGAAAAUCCUGCUGGAGGAUUUCUAUGUAGAUGACGUUCUUACUGGGUCAAACAGUGAGGAUGAGCUACUUCGGAACCGAAACGAGCUGAUUCAGCUGAUGUCUCGUGCAAAUCUUGAACUCGGGAAAUGGGUAUCAAAUACACCAUGUAUACAAACGGAUGAUAGCGACACACAACCUGCACAAACGUCACCAGUAAAGGUUCUCGGACUGUACUGGCAUCCUGGUAAAGACAUUCUAACGUACAAUGUCGGUCUAGCCAAAAAUCCUGAUUGCACAAAGAGACAAGUUUUGUCCGACGUCUCGAGGAUAUUUGAUCCUCUCGGACUCUUGGCACCCAUUGUAAUCCAAUUCAAAAUCCUGUUCCAAAAGCUAUGGCUCUUGAAUUUGGAUUGGGAUGACCCACUCCCAACUAAACUGGCGGACAACUGGCUAAAGUGGAGAGCAGAUCUGGACAAUCUUCAAACAUUUCAACUACCACGAUUUGUCGCCAACGACCCGGACAACAUCGAACUCCACGGAUUUUCGGAUGCGUCAACCAAGGCAUAUGCUGCUGUGGUGUACAGCAGAGUCACGAAUGACGAUGGCUCCAUCUCGGUAUCCAUUGUGGCUGCGAAAACAAGGGUGGCUCCACUGAAACAACAAUCCUUGCCACGUCUAGAACUUUGCGCAGCACUUCUCCUUAGCCAACUGAUUCGCUCGAUCACAUCUGCAUUGCGCCACAAAAACAUAACUGUUUUUGGCUGGUCCGACUCUUCAAUAGUGCUCACCUGGUUAUCGUAUACGCCAGCCCAACUCAAGACAUUUGUUGGAAACAGAACCUCGGAAAUCCUUGACACUAUUCCAAGGAGUGCUUGGCAUCACGUAGAUUCCAAAACAAACCCAGCGGACUGUGCGUCCAGGGGACUGAUGGCUGCUGAUCUCAUCGACUUCCAUUUGUGGUGGAAUGGGCCUUUAUGGCUACGGGACAAGGUGCAGUAUCUGGUAAAGUUAAACGACUCACGUUUCGGUUUAUCUCUUACAGACAAACGCAUUCAAGGAGAAGUCAAAUCCAACUGUUUGGCCACACUGGCUGAAGCAACCCCGGUUCAUCCAUUUGAUGAACUAACCGAGCGAGUGUCUUCUUGGAUCAAGCUCGUCCAUAUUGUCGGCUACGUGAAGCGGUUUAUUCAACGUACACGAAACCGAACUCCCAAAAGGGUAUCUAGCGCUCUCACAUUUGACGAGAUUAAGGAGGCAAGGAUUCUGUGCAUAAAACAAGCCCAAGGUUGUUUCAAAGACGAUUACCAAUUGCUCCUCGGUAAAAAACCUUUAAGGAACCGAUCACAGCUGAUCAAACUGGCACCUAUAAUCGACGAAAACGAUUUGCUGAGGGUAGGCGGACGACUGCACCAAUCGCAGUUGUCAAACGAUGCAAAACACCCAGUAUUGCUACCAAAAACACACCGCAUCUCAAAGCUGAUUCUGGAACACGAGCACCGAGUGAACCUCCACCCUGGCGUUUCCUCACUUUUUGUUAUUGUUCGGCAAAAAUUCUGGAUAUUUGGAGCACGUAAUCUAAUUCGCAAAAUAACCCACGACUGUUUAGCUUGCUUUCGUCAGCGCUACCACACAUCCCAGCAACAAAUGGCUGAUUUACCCAGCGUACGCAUUACACAAGCGCUUCCAUUUAUAUAUACUGGUUGCGACUAUGCAGGUCCAAUACUUCUGAAGGAUGCUAAGGUUCGGAAGCCACGUAUCAGCAAGGGUUACAUAUGCCUAUUUGUUUGCAUGGUCACCUCGGCCAUCCACCUGGAACUUGCCACAGAUUUGACGACAGAAACCUUCUUGGCUGCCUUGCGGCGCUUUAUAUCGGUACGUGGCAAGUGCAGUAAGAUCUACAGUGACAAUGGCACAAAUUUUAUUGGAGCUAAGCGAUCCCUCGACGAGAUGCAAGAAUUGCUUUCUUCACAGACACACAAGGACACCGUGUCUAGCACACUAGCGGAUGAUGGUAUCCAAUGGGUAUUUAUUCCCCCGAGAGCCCCUCACUGGGGAGGGAAAUGGGAGUCGGCAGUUCGUUGUGUCAAGCUGCAUCUUCGCAGAAUUACCGGAAACUCAACGCUCACCUUUGAACAGAUGCGCACACUUCUUGCUCAAAUAAGCGCAGUGAUAAAUUCACGCCCCUUGUGCUACACACCGGAUACGGAAACCAACUACCUAUCCCCAGCUCACUUCCUAAUUGGGCGACCAUUAACAACAGUGCCAGAUCCCGAUUUGAGUCACAUCCCAGUGGGCCGAUUAGGAUAUUGGCAAAGCAUCCAGUCUAUGCUUCAAGGAUUCUGGAGAAAAUGGCAUCAGGAGUAUCUGACUACUCUGCAGCAACGUCCAAAAUGGACUACUUCAACACCCAACAUCUCGACCGGUGAUGUUGUGCUCGUAAAAGAGUCCAAUUCACCACCGGCAUCUUGGCACAUCGCUCGGGUUAUGGAAACCUAUCCAGGGAAGGACAGCCUCGUUCAAGCAGUCAAAUUGAAGACCCCGACAGGAGAGAUGAUCAGACCCAUCACGAAAGUUGCUGUAUUGCCCCAUUCAGAAACUGUGUUUCAGGGCGGGCCGGGAUACCGCCGAUUAAAGAUACGCGAGAUAGCUGAGACAGUAGGCAUGUCAAAAGACCGCGUGGGUCAUAUCCUGCAUGAAAUUUUGGGCAUGAGAAAGCUGUCGGCGCGAUGGGUGCCGCGUUUGCUCACUCCGGACAAAAAACGCAACCGUGAGACCACUUCAGAGUAG